GGUCCUAGGUAUCCCAGACACCCUGGAGGCUCAGACCCUCCACUGCUGACCCCUGCACGCCCCAGCCUCACCCUCUCCAGCCCCACAAUGACAGGAGAGGCCACCUCCGAGGCCACUGCCUCUGGUCCAGAGGAGACAGCAUCUGAGUCUGUCAGUGUGCCCAUCACAGAGCCUUCUGGAGAAGUGGCAGCAUCGGAGUCCCAAGGAGAAGAACAGGCGGAGGAGCCCCAGGAGCCCCAGGACCCUGCUUCUCAGGCACCGGCCCCCACAGCUCCCACGGUCACUAAGCCUGCACCCCCAAGCGAAGAUGUCCCYAGCGCACCGCUGCUGCUGACCGUGGAGGAUGUGAGCAGCAGCUCCGUGACUGUGAGCUGGGAGCCCCCGGAGAAGCUGGGGAGGCUGGGGCUCCAGGGCUACGUGGUGGAGAUCUGCAGAGAGGGAACCUCAGAGUGGGUCCCUGUGAAUGCCCGGCCCAUGAUGGUGACCCAGCAGAUCUUGCGGAACCUGSCUCUAGGGGACAAGUUCUUCCUGCGUGUGGCCGCAGUGAGCUCCGUGGGGGCUGGUCCACCUGCAGUGCUGGACCAGCCUGUCCACAUCCAGGAGAUCAUAGAGCCCCCCAAGAUCCGUGUCCCCCGCCACCUUCGGCAGACUUACAUCCGCCAGGUCGGAGAGUCGAUCAACCUUCAAAUCCCCUUCCAGGGGAAGCCCAAGCCUCAGGCCUCAUGGACACACAACGGCCAAGCCUUGGACGGCAAGCGGGUAAACGUGCGCAACGGGGACCAGGAUUCCAUCCUCUUCAUCCGCUCCGCCCAGCGCUCUGACUCAGGCCGCUAUGAACUCACUGUGGGGCUGGAAGGUCUGGAGGCCAAGGCAGCCAUCGACAUCCUGGUGAUUGAGAAGCCUGGGCCCCCCAGCAGCAUCAAGCUACUGGACGUGUGGGGUUGCAAUGCUGCCCUUGAGUGGACACCACCCCAGGACACUGGCAACACMGAGCUCCUGGGCUACACGGUGCAGAAGGCAGACAAAAAGACGGGGCAAUGGUUCACAGUGUUGGAGCGCUACCACCCAACCACCUGCACCAUCUCCCAUCUCAUCGUUGGCAACUCGUACUACUUCCGGGUCUUCUCAGAAAACCUGUGUGGCCUCAGCGACUCAGCCACCUCCACCAAGGAGCUCGCCCACAUCCGGAAGGCGGAUAUUGCUGCCAAACCUAAAGGGUUCAUUGAGCGAGACUUCUCGGAAGCCCCCUCGUUCACUCAGCCGCUGGCUGACCACACCUCCACCCCCGGCUACAGCACUCAGCUCUUCUGCAGCGUCAGAGCAUCGCCCAAGCCCAAGAUCAUCUGGAUGAAAAACCAAAUGAACAUCCAGGGGGACCCCAAAUACCGUGCCCUCUCUGAGCAAGGGGUCUGCACCCUGGAGAUCCGGAAACCCAGCCCCUUUGAUUCCGGGGUCUACACCUGCAAGGCCAUCAACGUGCUGGGGGAGGCAUCCGUGGAUUGCCGGCUGGAAGUCAAAGCCUCAGCCACACACUGAAGAGCAAUGGAGGAGGCUGGUGUGAGGAGACAGGUCCUGCAGGCCUGAGGGGUCCGUCCCCCAGGYCCAAAAUCUAGCUCAGCAGAUACCAAAUGACCUGCAUGUCCAUAGCAACAACUGAUGGAACGGCCCCUACCUGAUGACCUCCUGUCCCCGGAGGCUGGAGUUCAGAACUCAGGAGAGGGCCUGGCGGGCCCCAGGUCAGGCAUUCUGGGCACCAGGGAGCCCRGAAGGAACAGAGAUUGGAACACCCUGCAGAGUUGUACCCUGAGCAAGAAGCACUCCAAUAAAGGUGUGUGAUGUUACAG